AUGAAGCGAGUGGGCGUUUGCGGCAGUGCGGCGGAGAGGUUCGGUGCUCGAGGAGGUUUUGUGGCGGCAGGCGCCGCCCGUUCUCUCUUUUCUAAUUCGAGGGGCGCAAUCUCUUCUUCUUCCCGAUUCUACACCACCACGACGCUCGCGGAGGGUGGCAGCCGCACACCCUGGAUUCCCGGCAAUCCUCCGACCCUGGAGCAGGCAAGCGAAGGUGCCGAAUGGACGCGGGAGACGAUCUACCAGGUCAUGUACCCCGGCCACGUAGAGGUUGCCGAUGAAAUCGCCCGCGAGGUGAGCCUCCGAUCUGUAGUGCAGGGCCUCUUCAAGAAGGCAGUGCGCGAGGGAGGGCUGCCCCCGAGGCAGGAGGAGCGGGUGUGGAGCAAGUGGCACGCUGCACUCGAGCGCCUCGAGCACGAGCGCGGAGUGACCACGCUCGCCGAUCUUGCUGGCCUCAACCGCGUGGCCUGGUGGCGCACCCGCGUCCCGCACGCCCUCCGCACUGCCCUCAACACCUACGUCUACCACCACCGCCUCCCCGCAGCUGUCCUCCCCUCCUCCUCCAGCAGCAGCACGGCGUCCUCCGCCUAA